AUGGCUGUCGAGGCUGAUCGUCUGGACGAAGAGAUCUGUAAGGAGGCAUCUGCUUUUACGAAAAUCUUCUAUGAUGCUAUGGACCGGAAACGUGAUAAAAUCAAUUAUCUUUAUUGUGAGAGCGGAUCGACAUUGGUGUGGAACGGAAAUCCCGUAUCAGGAUGCGAUAAUAUAUUCAAGUUUAUAUCGUCAUUGCCAGAAACAGACCAUCAUUUGGUCUCCGUGGAUGUUCAGCGAGUAAAUGCAGGCCUCCCUGGCUCUCCGGAUUUACUCACAGUUACGACCGCAGGCACAGUCACUCUGGGUGGCACUGUACAUGCCUUCACACAUACGUUCAUUCUCAUGGUUGAAGAUGGAAAAUAUAAGUUCGAGCAGCUUCAUUUGAAAACCGUGGAACUGCUAGCAGCCAAGGCUGCCGCCUAUGGUUUACCAGCUGAAUCUGAUGACUAUCCCGAUAAGGAAGAAACGACGUGCGUAACUGGCGACUCAGUGCUAGCGAGUGCACUUUGUUCCACAGUGCGGGAGGCUCGUAACAUGGAGUUACCGCUGGUUGAGAAGCAAGAAGCUCCGGAGGUUGUGGCCCUCCGAGCAAACAUGCAACGAUUACGACUUCUCAAGGAACGAAUGAGUGUUUGCACUAAGACUAUGGCAGAGCUGCGUACGUCGUAUGCGAGCGUAACGGCUCGUACAUCCAGCCUUCACGACGCUUGUGAUCGAGCAUUGGCAUAUCAAACAGCACUUGCAUGCAGAGAGCUGAGCAAAUUCCGAACGAACUUGCAUUUUUUCAAGCAAGCCGAUAUCAUCAUGAAGAAACUAAACAAUACGACAAAAAUUUCUGUAACUGGACAAAUGUUCACUGGUAUCCUCGCCACGAUCGAUGAAUGCCUGACCUUUCUUCGUCAGCAUCCAGAGUACAAGGAGUCUGCUGCUUACAUCGUAAAAUACGAGCAAUGCCUCAGUAGGGCGAUGACAUGGAUCCGUGUCGGAGUGAUGGCAGAUAUCGAGGCUUCUGUCAACGAUGUCAGAGAUCGACAGUCUCAAUUACAGACUACGCUAAAUUGGGCCGAGGAGGAGCUGAUGACGAUACUUUUGCUCUACUCUACGGGCUGCACUCUCGGUUGCCGAGCAAAGAUUUGCACAGGUUCCGGAAGCUGCAAGCCAAUGCUAGCUGAGUGCAAGCAGGCUUAUUCAUAUAGACAGCAACUUUUGACGCCGAUUAUUCAAGCCUACCUAGCUCAUAUGUCUUCGAAACUCUUCUGUGCCUUGACACGGAAUAGCAUUACCUUUCAUUUGGGUCUUUGCGAUGAUGAGUUUCGUCUUUAUCGGCAGUUCUUCUCAACGGGCCAGGUGUCAGGCGGUCCACCGUCUCGUUUCGGUCGACGCAGCCCAACUCCUUCAGUGGCGUCAGCCCGCACGCAACAUUCUGAUACCCCUCAUCCAUUUGAGGAAUUUAUAGAGGCAAUUUGCCGGUUGUUGUACGAUAUGUUGCGCCCGAUCGUGAUUCACAAUCCACAUUUGGAGACCUUAGCAGAGUUGUGUUCUAUUCUUAAGGUCGAAAUGAUCGAGGAAAGGUGCUCCGUGCUUCCACCGAUUGUGGCUGAAGAAUGCACCUCAUUUGAUCCACGUGCUGGUUUUGUGCAUGUUAUUGGCGAAUUAGUGGGAGAUGUGUCGUAUAACUUCGUAUAUAGAGCUGUCCUGUAUGGUCAAACUGAUAUUGCCGGCUACAAGCCAGCGGCGGGAGAUUGGCAAUAUCAGAGAGUUUAG